UUAUAUACAAACUAAGAUUUUUACGAGGAGGUUCAAUUUUUGAAACUUUAAUUUGUAUUUACCUGUUAUUAACAACAGUUGUCUGGUAUAUGUACUUGGUAAUGAUUAAUAAUUUCAAAUAAAGAGAUACGAAGGUGGUACUUAGAAAGGUUUUCUAACCAUAGGCUAUUUUAAAUCAUUUUAUUAGAUGUAUUUAGUGUUAUAUAAGGUUAUGAUAAUCUAAACAAUAUCAUGUUAUGAUUUCUGUUGGUGUUCAACUGCAUACAAGAACAAUUUUGUAAUUUGGUUUCAAUAUUCAGUAGAAAGGAAUGGUUUCCACUCGAGGACCAAAAUUCAAAUUUUGUGAUGGUGAAAAAGUUUUAUGUUAUGAACCUGAUCCUACCAAAGCAAAAGUAUUGUACGACUCAAAGGUACUUGAUGUCAUAGUUAACAAAGAUCAAAGAGGAAGAAAAGCUGUUGAAUAUUUGAUACAUUUCCAGGGAUGGAAUUCAUCAUGGGAUCGUUGUGUGACAGAAGAAUAUGUACUAAAAGAUACAGAGGAAAAUCGCCAGCUUCAACGUGAUUUAGCACAAAAAGCACAGCUUCAGUUGGGAGCUUAUUUAUAUCGACGAGAGCGUAAAAAACGAAGUCAUAAAUUAUCCGAACGUUUAAAUGAAGUUGAAAAUCGGGAACCGCGGCGAAGAGCGAGAAGCGGUGGUAGUCGAGCAACGUCUGCGACAACCGGAUCAUCAGAGGAUGGCAGUUCAGGACAACAUGCUGAUUAUGAUACAGAAGAAGUAAUUACUGAAGAAGAUACAGAAAGUAGUUCUGAUUAUGUUGGUGAAACGAGCGACGAUGAGGAUAGCGGAGGUGGCAGUCAAUCCGGUGCCAGUGUAAAGCCAGGAAUUGAUCUUGACAUCGGUACUACUCUAAGAAGAAUUUUGGACCAAGACUACGACCUAAUAACCAAUAAAAAUAAGCUAGCUGUUCUUCCAGCACAACCGACUGUUGCAAAUAUUUUAGAAUCCUGGGUACAGCACUACACAACAACACAAUUAACAAACAUUCCAGAAAAGCCUCAAAGGAACAAAGCAAAUAACACAAUAGAAAAAACAAUUAAUGAAAUAAACAUCUGCAGGGAAGUUGCAGACGGAUUACGAAUAUAUUUCGACUUUACAUUACAUGAUCUUCUUCUAUAUAGGCAAGAACGAGAACAAUAUUGUAAUUUAAAAUCUUCCUUCUUGUAUACUGAACGUUCAACACUUGUUAAAGAAGAACCAGUUGAAAAUUCAGAGGUAUUAGUUAAAGAAGAGUAUGAAGAUACUGAAUAUGCUCAUUUACCGCCAUUUCAAGAACAUGAUCCAGAAACAGAUACAUCAAAAAUAUUGACACAUACGAAACGAAGAUUAAGAUCGUGUAGAGUGAGUUCCAUUGAUGAAAAUAGACAGUUGAGAUUCUAUGACGAAAUUAAACAAGAUACAGGAAAUUUGUCUAGCCCACGUGGAGUAACAUUAAGAAUACCAAUUGUUACAUCUGCACAAAUCAAUGCCUUGCUUCAGCAAUCAAACAAAUGGAGAUUAAUGCCCGAGAGUGCGAAAUCUGAAAAUCCUCCAAACCCUUCUACUUACUAUGGUGCCAUUCAUCUGACGCGAUUAUUUGUUAAAUUGCCAGAUUUACUCCAAUUAACAGAUAUACCACACAAGAAGUUGAAGGUUCUUUCAAAAUACUUGGACAUGUUUCUGAGUUAUUUAGAAAUGCACAGAGAAUGGUUUGGAGAACAAUUUUAUAUGCAAGCAGAAAAUCAACUGAUUUCUCAAGAAAAUAACUCUUAACAUGAUAAGAUUAAAUCAGAUCCUUUUUUGUAGAUAGUGCAGGAGUUGUACAGCAAGAAGGUAUGUUUAUAAAAUCAACAUAAAUGAUACUCUUUUAUAUUGGUUAUCAAAAAUAUUAGUUUAUAUGCGUCCAAGAUAAAAGUCCGUAUAGAUUAUUUAUAUUAAAAUUAUAAUGAAGAUUGAAUAAUUAUUUUUGUGAAAUAAAAGACUGUAUACUAAAUAUUAUGAUAUGAGCCCAAAUAAAAAUACAAAGACCAAAAAAAUAUAUUUAAUUUU